UCCAAUAGGCCAUUUUCCCCAAUUAUGGAGGAUCUCAAGCAUCUUCUUGUUUGAUGUUAGUUCUCCAUGCUUCAUCGCCACGCCAAUGCUGCUUUAUCUAAUUUUUACUUCUAGUUUACUCUGUAAGUUGAAACAAUGCUUCUAACUCCCUUUACACGCCAUGAGAAAUGCAUUGGACGUCCGUGUUUUGGCGAACCGGUACGCCGCACAAUUGCAACUCUGUUGCCCACAAAAUCCUUCUUCAUAUUCACUUGCUCGGACUGUUCAUGCCCACAUGAUUGCUUCGGGAUUCAAGCCUCGUGGGCACCUUGUCAAUCGUCUUCUUGAUAUAUAUUGGAAAUCGUCGGAUUUUGUUUGUGCCCGCCAACUGUUCGACGAAAUUCCCCACCCAGAUGCUGUAGCGAGAACUACAUUGAUUUCGGCGUACUCUGCGUUGGGGAAUUUGAAUAUGGCUCGAGAUAUAUUCAAUGGAACUCCAUUGAAUAUGAGGGACACUAUUUUCUACAAUGCAAUGAUUACAGCGUAUUCGCACAAGGAUGAUGGCCAUUCUGCUAUUGAAUUGUUUCAUGCUAUGAGACGGGCCAAUUUUCAGCCUGAUGACUUUACAUUUACAAGCGUGCUCAGUGCUUUAGCGUUGAUUGUUGAUGAUGAGCACCAGUGUGGGCAAAUGCAUGGUGCAGUGGUGAAAUUUGGAAUUGGGCUUGUUUCUUCAGUGUUGAAUGCUCUUCUAUCUGUUUAUGUUAAGUGUGCUUCUUCACCAUUGGUGUCAUCGUCGUCAUUGAUGGCAUCAGCUAGGAAACUGUUUGAUGAAAUGCCAGAGAGGGAUGAGUUGACAUGGACGACUUUGAUUACUGGGUACGUGCGGAAUGAUGAUCUGACUGGGGCACGUGAACUUCUUGACACAAUGACUGAACAUUUAAGUGUAGCAUGGAAUGCCAUGAUCUCUGGAUAUGUACAUCAUGGUCUUUUUGAGGAUGCCUUGACAUUGUUUAGGAAAAUGCGUUUGCUUGGUGUCCAGCACGAUGAGUUCACCUACACUAGCGUGAUCAGUGCUUGUGCCAAUGGUGGUUUUUUUCAACUGGGAAAAGAGGUGCAUGCUUACAUUUUGAAAAAUGAAUUGAACCCAAAUCAUGAUUUUUUAUUGUCUGUGAGUAAUGCAUUGAUUACUUUGUACUGGAAAUAUGGUAAGGUUGAUGGGGCACGGAAGAUUUUUUAUGAGAUGCCAGUUAAAGAUAUUGUUUCAUGGAAUGCAAUCUUAUCGGGGUAUGUAAAUGCAGGGCGUAUGGAGGAUGCAAAAUCUUUCUUUGCACAAAUGCCAGAGAAAUGCCUUCUUACAUGGACUGUGAUAAUUUCAGGAUUAGCACAAAAUGGAUUUGGAGAAGAGAGUUUGAAGCUGUUUAACCAAAUGAGGUUAGAUGGCUAUGAACCCUGUGAUUAUGCAUUUGCAGGUGCCAUCACAGCUUGUUCUGUGCUUGGAGCAUUGGAGAAUGGUCGUCAACUCCAUGCUCAGAUUGUUCAUCUCGGCCAUAAUUCAAGCCUCUCAGUUGGCAAUGCAAUGAUCUCAAUGUAUGCAAGAUGUGGAGUGGUUGAAGCUGCCAGAACUGUGUUUCUAACCAUGCCUUUUGUGGACUCCGUUUCAUGGAAUGCGAUGAUUGCAGCACUGGGACAACAUGGGCAUGGCGUAAAAGCAAUAGAACUUUAUGAACAAAUGUUGAAAGAGGGUAUACUCCCUGAUAGAAUAACGUUUCUUACAGUUCUCUCCGCGUGUAGUCAUGCAGGUCUGGUUGAAGAAGGACGCCGCUACUUUAAUUCAAUGCUUGAAAAUUAUGGUAUUACCCCGGGUGAGGAUCAUUACGCUCGGAUGAUCGAUUUGUUUUGUCGAGCAGGGAAGUUUUCAGAUGCAAAGAAUGUCAUCGAUUCCAUGCCUUGUGAAGCUGGGGCACCAAUGUGGGAGGCUCUUCUUGCUGGUUGCCGGAUUCAUGGAAACAUGGAGUUAGGAGUAGAAGCUGCUGAAAAGCUUUUCGAGCUAUUACCACAACACGAUGGAACCUAUAUACUUUUAUCAAACAUGUACGCCAAUGUUGGGCGAUGGAACGAUGUCGCUAGGACGCGAAAACUAAUGAGGGAUCGAGGGAUUAAAAAGGAGCCUGCUUGUAGUUGGACUGAGGUCGAGAACAAAGUUCAUGUGUUCUUAGCGGAUGAUACAGUGCACCCUGAGGUGUUAUCUGUGUACAAAUAUCUAGAGAAGUUGAACCUUGAAAUGAAGAAAUUAGGAUAUAUUCCAGACACAAAGUAUGUGUUACAUGAUAUGGAAUCUGAACACAAAGAAUAUGCCUUAUCUACUCACAGUGAGAAGCUUGCAGUUGGGUUUGGGCUAAUGAAGCUACCUCAAGGGGCCACUGUAAGGGUUUUCAAGAACCUUAGGAUAUGUGGGGAUUGUCACAAUGCAUUCAAGUUUAUGUCUAGAGUGGUGAGGAGGGAGAUAGUAGUAAGAGAUGGAAAGAGGUUUCAUCAUUUCAAAAAUGGCGAAUGUUCGUGCGGUAAUUAUUGGUAAUAUUAUUACACUCUGUUCUUAGUGGUGAUGAUGGGGGUGUUUCUCAAAUUAAGAGUGAUGUUUGGGACUUUUUUUUUAAUUAUUAUUAUUAUUAUUAUUAUUAUUAUUAUUAUUAUAUCAAAUAACUUUAGUGUCUCUAAA